CUAGUGUGCUUUGAGUCAAUCAUUCCUUGCUAGUAGCAUGCACAAAAAAUUUUUAGCUGCUCUCAAAAGCUCUCCAUCUCCCGGAAGCUCGUCACGGUCGAGCUCAAGUGUUUCGAGCAUGCAAAGGAUGCCUUCGUGGCAAAUGAGCGACUUAGACAGUGACGAAGAAAGCGUCUCUAGAACAAAUCAACCGCCACCGGAUGUUCCAAAGGGAUUCUUUGCAGCUUACGCUGGAAGCAAGAGGUUCAUCGUGAGCACAAAGCACCUCACGCAUCCCAUUUUCAGGGCCUUGCUCCAAAAGGCCGCCGACGAGUAUGGAUUUCGUCACAGCGGAGCUCUCCAAAUUCCCUGCGAGGCUGUUUUGUUUGAGCAUUUUCUAUGGCUGCUGGACACGAAAGACCCCGUGUGCGCGAAGCUCGAGCAGAUCCACGACCUUGUGGAGUUUUACAACAGGGACUAGAAGCUCUCUAAUAUAGGUUUUAGAGGAAGCCCUCUACUCCACAGGAGAUGGAUCCAAGCCAGCAGCACCAAGAUCGAGUAGAUCGGCUAGUGGGUCUGCUGGGUUUUUGUAAAUCGUUCGUCCUUGUGAAGAAAAUCAAACUAUAAUCACGAUACUCAAACUGUAACCCCGUAACUUGCUUAUCUGAGU